AUGACUCUGACCGUCGAGCUCAAGACCCCGAUCACGGGCCCUUACCAGCAGCCCAUUGGUCUUUUCAUCAACAACGAGUGGGUUGAGGGUGUUGACAAGAAGAGGUUUGAGGUCAUCAACCCCGCCACUGAAGAAGUCAUUACCUCUGUCUGUGAAGCCACCGAGAAGGAUGUCGACAUUGCUGUCGCCGCCGCCCGCAAGGCUUUCGAAACCACCUGGAAGCAGGUUACUCCCCAACAGCGAUCCGUCUUGAUGAUCAAGCUUGCCGAUCUCGUUGAGAAGAACGUCGACCUCCUCGCCUCUGUAGAGUCUCUCGACAAUGGCAAGUCCAUUACCAUGGCCAGGGGUGACGUUGGUGCUGUUGCUGGCUGCAUCCGAUACUAUGGUGGAUGGGCCGACAAGAUCGAGGGCAGGACUAUUGACAUUGCCCCCGACAUGUUUCACUACACCCGACCAGAGCCCCUCGGUGUUUGCGGCCAAAUCAUUCCCUGGAACUUUCCGCUUCUCAUGCUCUCCUGGAAGAUUGGUCCCGCACUUGCCACUGGCAACACCAUUGUCAUGAAGUCCGCUGAGCAAACUCCUCUGUCAGCGCUCGUCUUCGCCAACCUGAUCAAGGAGGCUGGUUUCCCUCCCGGUGUCUUCAAUCUUAUUUCUGGUUUCGGCAAGGUUGCCGGUGCCGCCAUCUCCUCCCACAUGGACGUCGACAAGGUUGCCUUCACUGGUUCCACCGUCAUUGGCCGCACCAUUAUGAAGGCCGCUGCUUCAUCUAACCUGAAGAAAGUCACCUUGGAGCUUGGUGGCAAGUCUCCCAACAUUAUUUUCAACGAUGCCGAUAUUGAGCAGGCUAUUUCAUGGGUCAACUUUGGCAUUUACUUCAACCACGGACAGUGCUGCUGCGCCGGUAGUCGAAUCUUUGUCCAGGAGGGCAUCUAUGAUAAGUUCCUUGAGGCCUUCAAGAAGCGAACUCAGCAGAACAAGGUCGGAGAUCCUUUCGCCAAGGACACCUUCCAGGGUCCUCAGGUCAGCCAGCUCCAGUACGACCGCAUCAUGAGCUAUAUCAAGUCUGGCAAGGACGAAGGCGCCACCGUUGAGGUCGGUGGUGAGCGCCACGGUGACAAGGGGUACUUUAUCCAGCCCACCAUCUUUAGCAAUGUCCACGCCGAUAUGAAGAUCAUGCAGGAGGAAAUUUUCGGCCCUGUCUGCUCCAUCUCCAAAUUCAAGGAUGAGGAGGAAGUUAUCAAGUUGGGCAACCAGACGGCCUAUGGCCUUGCUGCUGCCAUUCACACCAAGGAUCUCAACACUAGCAUCCGCGUCAGCAAUGCCCUGAAGGCUGGAACCGUCUGGGUCAACUGCUACAACAUGCUCUCACAUCAACUGCCAUUCGGUGGUUUCAAGGAGUCCGGUAUUGGCCGCGAACUUGGUGAGGCUGCCCUUGCCAACUAUACCCAGAACAAGAGUGUUGCUGUGAGACUUGGUGGUGCCAUCUUCUAA